AUGGGGGACUAUGCGGACGCGACGGGGGACGGCCGGCCUUCGCCGGGGGAGUCUGACCCAGCCGCGGAGGGUGUCUGGAGCUCCCGGGACGGGGCUGAGGAGGAGGACCUCCCGGGCGGUCGUGGCCCCUUUAACAGGAGGCUGACAGACGGUCUUGAGUGGCCAAUGGGAAGCGGCGUCGGCGCCGGCCGGCGGCUAAACCCCGCCUCCGCGCUGGCCGGGAGGGGUCUCGCGGGCGGAGAGCGGGAGGCGGGGCUCAAGGCGAGACGGCCAAUAGGCGCGCGGCGCGGCGGCGCGCGCUGGCCCUCGCGCUGCACCGGACAGGAGGGCUGGGCCAGCGGCGAGAAGAGAGGAAAGGCUGGAUUUUAAGGCGGGGGCGGCUCCCAGAGACAAGCGCUCGGGUUGGAAGGUGGCAUGGGUGCCGGGUCGGCGAGUGCACCUUAUUCUGCACCCCUGCGCCCGCCUCGGGAACUGCACGCGGCACCCCCGCCCCCGCCUCCCACGCAGACGGUAGUACAGCCUGCAGGGCUCCCCCGGCGGACGAGGCUAAUGGUUCGUUCCGCCCCGCCCACACAGAGGCCGCCCACUGGCUCCUGCAGCGUUUCAGGACUCCAUCCCACCAGCUACAGGAAGGGGCUUGGCCUCCGCCCUCUGACUCUCUUAAGGGUAGGGAGCGUUGUCUUCAGUUCUGACCCUGCACGCAGACCCAGACUGGGUUCCAGUCUCUGCCCUUGGACUUGUCCCUAGGAAGCCGGGCAGCCUCUGUCUUCAGACCUGG